AUGGCUGCAGAAACAACAAUAAACUCUCUCAUUGAACGCCUUCAGCAAAUCAGUUUGGGGGAUAAAUUAGAUCUGUUAGAUGAGUUAAAAACUGCAAUAACAGCACUACCAAUUCAUGAACUUAGGCAGAUUCUCCCAAAUAUAUCGAUUACAAGUAUUUUUCAAUGCUUAAACACAGAAGACAGCUCUCAACAAAAAGUGUGUGGGGAGGUAUUGGAUAGACUGCUGACUACUCUCAGUCCAUCGACAGUUUUGCAAAACUUUCACCCUCAGCUCCUAACAUGGCUCAGACUUCCAGAUGAUACACUUAAAGCACUUUGUUUAGCACAGCUUUUGAAGAUCAGUAAAGAAGUUCCUGGUGAAAUCUGCAUAUAUGAGGAUCUGGUACAGGAGAUAGUCGACCAGCUCCCUUCAGACAGCUUGGAUGUUGGUCCUGCUGCAGCCAGCAUUCUUACAUUUAUUGGUCAAGAUCCCAAUGGUCUUCGGGUGCUAUUCAGUAGCCCAAUUGUCAGUAAAUUUGUCACAGCCAUGCAGAAAAAUGACGUAACACGCUUCCGCAUAUACCAGAUUGCAGUGGAUUUGAGCAGAACAUCACCCUCAGCGCUGGACGCUUCCGUGGGUUCAGGUCUCCUUCAGCAGCUUGUGAAUGAGAUUGAGAAACAUGACAUCCUUGUUCAACUGAAUGCUAUAGAUAUGCUGUCAGACCUGGCCCAAACAACUCAUGGUCUCAUGUACUUAGACACACAAGGAGUUGUUGGGAAGUUGGAGGAGAUGAUGCGUGGGUUAAACGAUAAUCCCUUGAGUGGUCUUCUCCUGCCAGGUCUGAUAAAAUUUUUUGGUAGUCUUGCAAGGCAACAUCCCAAAGAGGUUUUGUUCAAAUUUGACCAUUUUGUGAGACUGGUAUUACAUAAUGUUAGUGAAGGUGAUCCAACUUUAAAGGGAGUCUCAGUUGAUACUAUUGGAUUCAUUGCCUCUACACCAGAGGGGAAACUUGCUCUUGAAAAACUAGGUAAUCCCAUGACUGAAUGUCUUCAUGGAAUAGGAAAUCUUAUCAGGACCGGCACCUCAGAUUUGAAAGUGAGAGCUCUAAAUGCUUUAACAAGCAUAACCCAGCUGCAGGUGGAACAUCAAACUGUUGAACUACUAGCCCUGACAGAAAGAUGGUUCUCCUCAUGUGCACCCGACACUUUCAACAUGGUCUGGUCAAUCACCCAACAGCCGUUUCUGGAUCUUCGAAUUCCCGCAUUUCGUUUACUGCAUAGUGUGGCUUCACUCCCAUGGGGUCAAAAAAUCAUUAACAAUGUGCCAGGAUUCAAAGAGUAUGUGUUGAAUAGAGCUUCAGAGAGUAGCAAAGAGGGAAAAGAAGAAAAAUUUGAACUUGUUAACAUUCUGGCGCACUCGCCAACAGCUGUGGAGAUCUUGGGACGACCGUACCAUGUCAAGCUUAUGGAAUAUUUUAAUCAAGGAGCGUUCUAUGUGGUUGCACAGUCAGAGAUCAUGAUGGACGGUGAAUAGAUUUAAUGUUUUAUUUCUUAAAUGGAGAUAAUUUUCAUUUUGUGUGUACAGGUUUAGUUGGAGCACUGGCAUUUAUCUGGUCAAGAUCUGUGUCACAACACGGCCCUACAAUUUUACUUUCUAAUGAAAUGUAUUCUAAUUUUUCAUUUGAUAAAUAUUAAAAAAUCCAUUUGAAUGUAACAAUUUGAAAUGUUUUGAAUUUUUAUUACCACUUCUUAUUCAAAUUCUCAAAGAAAAUAUUUUUAUAAAGCAAUAAUAAUAUC